AUGACACAUAGAUUUUUGAGAGACAGCUUUGUUGCGAGAUUAGUAUACCAUUUAUCUGGUCAUAAGUACUUUAGACACCCAGACGAGAAAGAAGAUUACAUCGUUCCAGAAAAGUAUUAUCCUGGAUACUUUGAAAAAGAGAAGCGUGUAAGCGUUGGCAGCACUUCAGUUGUUGCUGGAAGUGACGAUUUCGAUCGUACAAAAGUUCAAGAUGACGAACCGAUUGAGUCUCAGGAGCCACAAGCACAACAAGAGCAAGAGCAAGAGCAAGAGCAAGAAGAAAAAGAAGGAGGAGGACAAGCACCUCGUGGUGUGUUGGACUCCCAGUCGUCAAUGUUGACAACUGAGACCAAAGCUAAUUUUACCAAUGAUGGCUACAUUAUUGUUGACUGGGAAGGUCCCGAUGAUCCAGAUAAUCCGUGUAAUUGGCCGUGGUAUGAGAAAUCUUUUCUUAUAUUGGAGAUUUCAUUGUUGACCACUUCUGUAUAUAUGGCAUCUGCAGUGUAUACACCGGGUAUUGAGCAGAUGCAGCAAGAGUUGGGAUGGUCUACGGUUGAGUUGUCGUUGGGUGUUUUCCUAUUUGUGUUGGGGUACGGCAUUGGACCGCUAUUGUGGUCACCGUUAUCUGAGAAUGCCAUUUUUGGAAGGACUUCAAUUUAUAUUGUGACACUAUUUGUGUUUGUUGUAUUGCAGAUCCCUACUGCAUUGACUCAAAAUGUUGGUGGGUUUUGUAUUUCGAGAUUUCUUGCUGGUUUUUUUGGCAGUCCCUGUUUGGCUACUGGUGGUGCAAGUGUUGCCGAUGUGACACAUCCUUGGAAUAUACCCAUAUCUUUAGCGGUGUGGGCUAUUGGUGCUGUAGCCGGCCCAUCUAUGGGUCCGUUUUUUGGCUCAAUCUUGACCGUUAAAGGUGGGUGGAGGUGGUGUUUUUGGUUUAUAAUGAUUAUUUCUGGAUUUGCAUUAGCCGUUUUCAGUUUUUUGUUGCCCGAAACAUAUGCACCCACAUUGUUGGCCAGGAAGGCCAAGAGGUUGCGGGCCAAGACGGGUAAUCCCAAGAUUACCAGUGCUGGAAUAUUGGAGAAUGAGCUGAAAAGUUUCAAGCAGAUAUUGAUUGAGACAUUGUGGCGUCCAAUUGAGAUUACGGUGAUGGAACCGGUUGUGUUGUUGAUUGAUAUCUAUAUUGCCAUGAUCUAUAGUAUCUUGUAUUUAUUCUUUGAGGCUUUCCCUAUAUAUUUUGUUGAGAAUAGAGGGUUUACCUUGGUAGAGCUUGGAUUGUGCUACUUGUCAAUUUUAGUUGGUGUUUUGGUAACGGUUGUUUUUUAUAUUCCAUUGAUCCGCCACUUGUUUACCAAGCCGAUAUUGAACCAUCAGCAAAUAUAUCCCGAGGUGUUUAUCCCAUUGGCGAUAUUUGGCGGGUGUUUGCUUGCAGCAGGACUAUUCAUUUUUGCAUGGUCGGCAACUACGUUUACGCACUGGAUAGGUCCUUUGAUAGGGGUGGCGAUUAUUGGUGGUGGUGCGUUUCUUAUGUUCCAAACGCUUUUUAACUAUAUGAGUGCUUCGUUCAAGACCGAGUAUAUUGCAUCGGUAUAUGCGUCAAAUGAUUUGGUGCGGUCUAGUGUCGCCUCGGUGUUUCCCAUCUUUGGCUCUGCCUUGUUCAAUAAUCUAGCUAUUGAUAACUAUCCUGUUGGGUGGGGUAUGUGCUUGAUAGCAUUUAUUGCAACAGGAAUGAUAGCCAUCCCAGUGCUAUUUUAUUUAAACGGACCAAAGCUUAGGGCUAGGUCUAAGUAUGCCAAAAGUGGAUGA